AUGAUAUGUAAAUUUAAUUUUGAGAUAAUAUCGGCCAUUUUACUUCUAUCAUAUACUGCUUACGCACGUAUUUCAGUUAUGUACGCACACGAGAAGAUAUCUGAUAUGGUUGCGCAACAAUGCCUCACGGAAAUGUACCCGAAGGGAAAGAAAAUAGAAUUACAAGAAUCCGACGAGUCCUGCAUCAUUUAUUGCGUUUUGAAGAAGUUCGGCAUUAUUAAUGGCAAUGGACAAUUUAACUUAGACAUUUAUAGGAAACGCGUACAAAUGGCUCAUCAACUCGAUAGUCGUAACUUGAUGAACGACAAAGGCGGCGCAUGCGUUGAGAGCGCGGAGGCGACACAACACAAACAAGAUGUUUGCAAGAAAGCCAAAGUUUUCAACGACUGUACACAUCUCUAUAGAAUGAUAUUUUAA